AUGCACGUAAAAGACAGUGCAUGGCGGCGCGUAGUGGAACAUUUCAACAACAAGUCAAUUCCAAAUAUUCAAGCCGCUAAAACGGAAUGGAAAAAACUUCGUGACAACCACCGAGAUGCACUAAAGCGAGCUAAAUUGGGCAAGAAUAAAUUACUGCCUGCACAAAUCACAACUUGGAAAUAUGCUAAGGCAAUGCAAUUUCUUGAACCGCAUAUGAAAUACAGAAUAACAGAGAACAUAGAAAUAGACGUGCCUACUUGUAGCCCUAAGGAUUCCGAAGAGGAUAAUUCGGCAUCAGAUACUGCCGAAAAUAUAAAUACGUGGGGCCAUGUUAAUAAACGACAAUGUAUAGAAAAAGUUAAUGAUUCUCAGCAAGAAACAGAUGCAUUAGAGUCAUUUUUCAAUUGCAUCUUAAAAAGUACUAAAACUAUGCCCUACUGGAUGCAAACACAAGUGAAGAAAAAAAUAUUUGCAGUUAUAAUUGAAGCAGAGGAAAUGCUUGCAAAUCAAAAUUAUAAGAACACGGUAAACGACAAUGUCAAAAUUUUAAAAGAUCAGUUCAAAAGUGACCAUAUUCCUGAGACUAAAAUAAAAAUGGAAAUCUUCACUGAAGACAACCCCGACUACGAGUAG